GCGUUGUUCCAGAGCAAAAAGCAGUACCUUCGAUUCCGAGAAACUCAUUUCGUGUGUCUUCGUCGAGCAGAGCAGACGUGUGUCCUCCCUAUUUCUGUCCUCAGCAGCCAGAGCGAGCGUGUGUGUGGUGUUUGUCUCAGUGUGAACCUUGCUGUUUGUUCCCCGAAUUUAGGUGAACGAACCUCCCGCGCGCCCAAGUGCACAUUUUCUUCGCGAAAGCCUCGAUAAAAAAACACUUCACCGUCAAAAUGAGAGAAAUCGUCCACAUUCAGGCCGGCCAGUGCGGAAACCAGAUUGGAGCUAAGUUCUGGGAAAUUAUCUCCGAUGAGCACGGUAUCGAUGCGACCGGUGGAUACCACGGCGACUCAGAUCUGCAGCUAGAGCGCAUCAACGUGUACUACAAUGAGGCGUCCGGUGGCAAGUACGUGCCGCGUGCCGUGCUGGUCGAUCUCGAGCCCGGUACCAUGGACUCGGUCCGCUCCGGCCCAUUCGGACAGAUCUUCCGCCCGGACAACUUCGUGUUCGGACAGUCGGGCGCCGGUAACAACUGGGCCAAGGGCCACUACACCGAGGGUGCCGAGCUGGUCGACUCCGUGCUCGACGUGGUGCGCAAGGAGGCCGAAUCCUGCGACUGCCUGCAGGGCUUCCAGCUGACCCACUCGCUCGGUGGCGGUACCGGCUCCGGCAUGGGCACACUGCUGAUCUCGAAAAUCCGCGAGGAGUACCCGGACCGCAUCAUGAACACAUACUCGGUCGUGCCGUCGCCGAAGGUGUCGGACACCGUGGUCGAACCGUACAACGCUACCCUCUCCGUGCACCAGCUGGUCGAAAACACCGACGAGACGUACUGUAUCGACAAUGAAGCUCUCUACGACAUCUGCUUCCGCACGCUGAAGCUGACCACACCGACGUACGGCGAUCUGAACCAUCUCGUCUCGCUGACGAUGUCCGGCGUCACCACCUGCCUGCGGUUCCCGGGUCAGCUGAACGCCGAUCUGCGCAAGCUGGCGGUCAACAUGGUGCCGUUCCCGCGUCUCCACUUCUUCAUGCCCGGUUUCGCGCCGCUGACGUCGCGCGGCUCGCAACAGUACCGCGCGCUGACCGUGCCGGAGCUGACGCAACAGAUGUUCGACGCGAAGAACAUGAUGGCGGCCUGUGAUCCACGACAUGGUCGCUACCUGACGGUGGCAGCCGUGUUCCGCGGCCGCAUGUCGAUGAAGGAGGUGGACGAGCAGAUGCUGAACAUCCAGAACAAGAACAGCAGCUACUUCGUCGAGUGGAUCCCGAACAACGUCAAGACCGCCGUCUGUGAUAUUCCGCCGCGAGGACUGAAGAUGUCGGCCACCUUCAUCGGCAACUCGACCGCCAUCCAGGAGCUGUUCAAGCGCAUCUCGGAGCAGUUCACCGCUAUGUUCCGCCGCAAGGCUUUCUUGCAUUGGUACACGGGCGAGGGUAUGGAUGAGAUGGAGUUCACCGAGGCGGAGAGCAACAUGAACGAUCUGGUGUCGGAGUACCAGCAGUACCAGGAGGCGACCGCCGACGAGGACGCCGAGUUCGACGAGGAGCAGGAGGCUGAGGUUGACGAGAACUAAGCAGCUUUUGGUGUCUGUGCUUGGGUGUAUCGUUUUGCGUGCGCGCCGCCGCGAGCCCUGUGAAAGUCAUCACCAUCCCCCACAGCAGCAGCAGCAGCAGCAGCAGCACCCCCGUCUCCCUCUCCCCGGAACCACUCGCUU